AUGGAAUCUGAAAGAAAAUUAGAGAAAGAGAAAGAACAAGACGAUCAAGGAGUGUUGUUGAAAACUACAAAAGUGGUGGAGUAUUUGGUGCCAAAGAUGUCUAUUGAGCUUCUCUGUAAGUUUCCAGAUAACUCUGCCUAUGACUUUGACUACUCUCAGAGCACAAUAUGGUCCCCUUUGCUUCCCACACCCUGCAGUCCAAUGGAUUUGGAUCUCAUAACUCCAAAGAAGCUUUCCUAUGACAUGGGUUUGGGUGCAAGGUGCAGUGUCAAGAAGGUGGGUUCUAAGCUUAGGAACAAGUUCAAUCUCAACCUUCAUUUCAUCAACAAACAUAGCAAGAGCAAGAACAAAAACCUGCCUUCUGAUUUCUCACCAACACCCUUUAAAGGUGCUUGCAACCCCAUCAUGAACAAGCGAUGGGCAAGAGCACUGAAAGCUGCUUCUAAGCAGUUCAAGAAAUGGAAGAUAAAGAGGGACCCCAUUGCCCAUGUCAUGCUACCAAGAUGA